UGCAUGUCCCCUGCGACCGACCGCAAUGCAAGGCGGCCCCCGGCCCUUCCCCUGCUUCGUAGCCUCCGCCCCGUCGUCCGCUUCGAACGUGCCAGCUUCGGCCCGAGCUUUUGACACACCCCUCGCACGCGGAACCCGAUCGAGCUCCAAACUCCUGGCGUCUCAGCCUUGCUUGCCAUGCCCAGCUCGUAGCCUUAGACAAUCAGGCACCGAGCGCGGGCGCCGUUGCUCCUGAGCACCUCAUCCGGCGCUGGCACUUGUUCUUGCUCCGUCCUGACUCCUGAGCCAUUAUGGCGAAGGCUGUGGCUGUCACUGCACUUGCAGCAGCACUCGUAGUGCUGCUGCUGCUUGCAUGCUGCCCAUGUCGGGCGCGAGCUGACGAAUCGGCCAACGUCACGGCGUCGCUCGUCAGCUUCUUGACCGCGCUGGCCGGCGACGACGGCGGGCAGACGGCGAUCAGGCUGAGGUGGAACGCGUCGAUCAACCCGUGUGUUCCCGGCACCAAAGCCUCACUGUGGAGCGGAACCGUCCAGUGCUUCGACCGAGGCGUAAACGACGGGCACAUCAAGAGGAUCGACCUCGACGAGCAGGGCCUGAACGGCACCAUCGACGCGGCGCUGCUCUGCGCCGCGCCGGCUCUCCGCGUGCUGAACUUUCACAACAACAGCCUGCGCGGCGGCCUCCCCGCGGGCAUCUCGGCCUGCUCGGGACUCACCCACCUGGUCGUCAGCGGCAACCGGCUCUCAGGUAACCUGCCGUCUUCGCUCGCCCAGUCCAGGAGCUUACGCGUCAUCGAGGUUUCCGGAAACAACUUCUCCGGCGAGCUCCCCGGGGGCCUCGGCAGGCUCAACCUAGAGAGGUUCUUGGCGAACGACAACCAUUUCGACGGCACCAUCCCGGACUUCGACCUCGACAGCAUUGUGGGCCUCAGCUUCGACGUGUCCAACAACAACCUCACCGGACCAAUCCCCAAGGACGCUGUCAGGUUCGGCAAAGGGAGGUUCUGGCCUAACGCCGCUGGCAUAUGCGGCGAGCCCUUAUUCGCUCCUUGCCCGUCGCCGACGCCGCCCAGCUCGGGCUCCGAGGCCGAAGACGACGGGAAGGGGGGUGACAAGGACAAGGAGAAGAAAAGAACAGUGCCUAAGAUCGUCAUGUAUCUCGGCUACGUCCUCCUGGGCGCCGCCAUACUGGCCUUCGUCCUGUACAGGUUCUGCUUCAAGAAGAAGCGGAGCAAGCUGGGGCGGAAUUCCAAGCCCAGCGGAGGCAGGGCCGUGUACGACAGCAGCAGGAUGACGACGACCACGACCACGACGUCGGCGACCCCGAGCAAGACGGCCUAUUCGCUGCCGACGUCGGGCGAGCACAGCACGGUCGCCGCCGAGGCGGGCGCGCCGUCGGCCUCGCUGGUAGUGCUGCGCCGAUCGGGCACAGCCUCGAUCACGUCCAACGCCGCGGCGGCGGCGGCCAAGAACCUGCGGUUCGAGGACCUGCUCAAGUCCCCCGCGGAGCUGCUGGGCCGCGGCCGCUUCGGGAGCUCGUACAAGGUGGUGGUGCCCGGCGGUGCGGCGCUAGCGGUGAAGCGGGUGAGGGACGCGGCGGUGGACGAGGACGAGUUCCGGCGGCGGAUGGAGCGGGUCGGGCUCGCCAAGCACCCGGCCGUGCUACCGCCGCUGGCGUUCUAUUGCGCCAUGCAGGAGAAGUUGCUGGUGUACGAGUUUCAGAGCAACGGCAGCCUCACCAAGCUUCUGCACGGCUCCAUAGAGAGCAGCCAAGCGCCGCUGGAUUGGCCAGCGCGCCUCCACAUCGCCGCCAAGGUCGCCGACGGCAUGGCGUUCAUGCACACCACCCUGCGCGGCGACGGCGGGACCACCAAUUCCUCGUCAGGCGGCCCAAUCGCCCACGGCAACCUCAAGGCCUCCAACGUCCUCUUCACGGCCGGCAUGGACCCGUGCAUCAGCGAGUACGGCGUCACCGCGCCGGGCAGGGACGGCGCCGCGGCGUUCCGCGCCGACGUGCGCGCGCUCGGCGUGCUGCUGCUCGAGCUGCUGACGGGGAAGGCGACGUCCGCGCAGGGCGACGGCGCGGAGCUGGCGCGGUGGGUGACCUCGGUGAUCCGGGAGGAGUGGACCGCCGAGGUGUUCGACCGCGCGCUGCUCGCCGGCACCGGCGUCGGGUCAUCCGAGCACCGCAUGGUGCGGCUGCUGCAGGUCGCGAUGCAGUGCGUCGACGCCUCCCCCGGCUCUGCCCCGCCGCCGACCAUGCGGGAGGUCGCCGGCAUGAUCAAUGCCAUCCGCGGCGACGAGGACGACGGGUCCGUCUCCUUCGGGGCAUGAUGCCAUCAAACGAGGAGCAAGGACCGGAGAACUCGACUCGUCGUCAUCGACCACAGCGCUGCGGUACUCUGCGAGAGAUGUACUAGUGUUAAAAUCUCUUGUGGUGGUGCCGUUACACAUAAACAUGUUUAGUUGUUCACAAGGAGAUGGUUGUUGGAUUAGUUGAGAAUUCAGUGGCACGCACGCACGAUGAUGCAUUUGAGCAUGAACACUUUGUAUGUACAACUGUUUGCUUCACGCAAGAUGAAACAUAGCCACCUCAUAAUA